AUGGAAUAUGAACGGGGCAAAGUGUUUUUAACAAAUGUAGAUAAGCGGAAAGCGAUAAUCAAACAGAAAAAUGAGUCUAGAAUAAGACUCAUAUUGUACAAUAUAAAAUUACUGGAUGAACAUAUUCAGAAUUUUAAAAAACAACGGGAGAAUGAACGAAUUGAAAAAAUUGCUAAAAAUAAAGAAAAAUGGGAUGAAAAAAAAAUUCAGAUAAACGAGUUGAAAGACUUAGCAUUUUACAGAACAUUGGAGCUAAAGAGUAAAAGAAAGAAAAGAGAUCGAAAAACCGUGGAAAAUAUAGAAAAUCUUAAACGUUCUGCAUUGGCUACGAAACAGGAUAAAGAAUUGAACCAGUAUUAUGAAAAAUAUGAAAGCCAAAUACGGACGAUGGAAAUCAACAAGGCAUUAAUAGAGAAAUAUGUAGAAAAUAAACAAUCUUCGGUAGAAGAUGUGGGGGAGAUUGACGGAAUUAGUAAUGAAAAUUUAGAAAUGGAAGCGGAGUCUUCAGACAAAUGUGGCUACAAUCCAAAAUGGAAAUCCGAGAAUAUGAACCUCACGUUUAUCCAGCGCAUUGAGAAUUUGAGGAUAAAGUCCACUAAAUGCGAACAAGAUGCAGCGUUCUGGAGUAAGACGGCACCGCUAUGGAACAAAAUGACAGGGUGUCUGCGGGCCAACAUAACCGAGACGUCAGUGGGAGGCGAACCGGAACUUUCCAUACCCAAAGAAUACGAGGCAGAAAAAACUCGACGUUACCUGUUUGAUUUGAUGGACGAUAGUAAGCCACCGUCGUUGAUGCAGACAAUUAUGAUGAACGACGUGGACUACGGUUUAUCAGAUGCAUUGAUGUUUAAAAUGGUAGCUAGGGCCAAAUUGCUAUCGGUACCGGGCGCGUCCGCUGCUGACUACAUAAACUUGAUCAGGCGUGUGACCGAACACGAGGCUGACGUUAGAAGCAACGUUGGUUACUUCGUGAUGGGUCUCGCGGAGAGGGCCGUAUUUGAGUUGACGAAAAAGAAAGUUGCCGAGAAAAUAUUUUUGGACAUACGAAAAACCACAGACAGGCUUCAACACGUGAACGAGAAAAAUGUAGUUCCAACCAAACUGAUCAAAUCUAAGAACAUGGGAGAAGCGACAACUUUCAUUUUCGAAAUGAUCCGCAAUGACGAGGUCUACGGACGGUUCGACAAGCCCGUGGAUGACGAGCCGCGUUACAUGGCUCAGAUUUCAGAAACAGCUGAAGAUAAGUUGAAGAAAUUUCUGUUUCGAUACUAUCCACAUGCGAAAUUGUCCUCGAUAAGGUUCGAAAUAAAGGGGCGAGCGGAACUUAAUGAGAAAGUCGACAACCUCGUUCGGUUGUUCUUGGAACACGCGCACCGAAAGACUGCGCACUUUGUUGCUACAAGCAGCGUGAACGAGUACGAAGACCGCGUCAAAGCGGUGUUGCCGUCAAGCGGCCCGGCCAAGGGUCCGUUGACGCUCUACCUGGUGUACAGGAUCAGCCGGAAAAUCUCGAAGCUGGUGUUCGGCAUGUUCGCGACGGAAGAAAAGGUGAUGCACAACUUCGAUAUGACCGUCGAAGCGUACGUGCUGCUUGUCGCGAACCGGACGAACCGCUUGAAUUACAACACCAAGGUCUACAAGCGAAUCAAGGGUGUCGACGUCGACGACUUCAAUAAAUUGAUCGACGAGGCGUUGAAGUCGAUUCACAGUUAA